AUGGACGACGAGCGACUACCCAAACGACUCUUCUACGGAGACGUCGCGACGGGUUCUCGCCGUCAAGGAGGCCAAAUUCGCCGUUACAAGGAUACCCUGAAGUCUUCCCUGAAGCGCCUGCAAAUCAACCCAACCAACAGAGAAAAGCUCGCACUCGAUCGACCGACCUGGAGGAGGGCAGUGAAGACAGGCGCUGCGAUCUACGAAGCCAACCGCAUCGCUGCCGCCAAAGUGAAACGCGAAGCCCGCAAAUCCCAACUUCGCCCAGUCCGCAACGCCGCCGCACAAACGCUUCCAAAUUGUCCUCGUUUUAAACGUACAUUCCGGGCUCGAAUCGGACUUGUUGGACAUCUUCGGACCAACUGUGUCCCUCGGACUGCACCAACCAUCGUCCCCUCGCCCGCUUCUUCCUCCUCUCUGCCUCCAACUAACUCUGACAAUUCUUCUGAACCACCACUUCCAUCCACCUCCUCCUCCUCUUACUCCGCCUCCUCCCCCUCCUCCUCCUCCCCCUCCUCCUCCUCCACUGCUCCAACGACGGCCGCUCAGGCGACUGUCACGCGCGCAACAACCGCCACCACCACCACCACAACCUCCCUCGACUCCAGCGAUGAGGAUCAGGACUACGACUGCCCUCACUGCGACCGCACCUUCAUCUCACACAUCGGCCUGGUCGGUCACUUGCGAAUCCGUCGCACAGAGACUGGCGAACCAGUGCCUGGAGCACCCACCUAUACCCACCAAGCUCGUCUCAACUGCCCACACUGCCCUCGCACUUUCAGGCAUCGCAUGGAUCUCUUCGGCCACAUGCGCAUCCACGAGAGCGGAAUUGACCGCAACUCCGACACACCCAAGACACCCAGCACAUCCACCACGCCCAGUCACACCCUCGCUCCAUCGCCCUGCGCGCCCAUCACCACCACCACCACCAUCACCGCCUCCUCCGUAGCUGACACUGACGCCACCAACUUCACUUGCCCACACUGUUCACGCACAUUCUUCCCACGCAUCGGCCUGGUCAGUCACUUGCGAAUCCAUCGCACAGAGCCUGGCGAACCAGUGCCUGGAGCACCAACCUAUACCCACCAAGCUCGUCUCAACUGCCCACACUGCCCUCGCACUUUCAGGCAUCGCAUGGGCCUAUUUGGCCACAUGCGCAUCCGCGACGACCUGCGGUAGACAACCGCCGGCCACACCACGCAUUCACUCACUCCCUACCUUCCACCACCACCACCAUCAUCACCCCACCAGACAUCAACACUCACACACCGCAUACACCAAACCGCUACUUUCCACGCCAGUGGGAAGUGUGCAUCUCGACUCGGCCCCCAUGCGGCUUCGGCUGUACGGGUGACCUGAGUCUGAGACUAUCCCGACUCGUCAAGUGUCGUGGAUAGGAAAGUUGCUGAUUGAGGCCCGCUCUCGGUUCACGCAGUUCGUCACGUUGUGUGGGUGUUGUGUGUAGUGGCGGACUGGUGGGCUGGGGAUGGGCUGAAGCAGCACCUUCCACGGCCCUCUCACGCAAGUGGGAGACACGCCGUUACCCCCGUUGUGUGAAAUCCUGGUGUUUGCGUGUGUAUGGGGGGCCAGGUCGUGCUGUGGCGCGCGCAGGCAUGGUCAGUCGACCGUGCCAGCCACCGCGCCCAUUUCCCACUCCAGUCUGCUGACCGGCUCGGACAGCGGCUGGGCUGUGGGGACAGCAAGGGAGAGUGAGGUCGACGACUCAGCGCACUUUCCUCACUAUAAACAAUCUGACGCGCUUGAAGCUAUCACGGUGCGCUAAAAGCCGUGGCUUGAAAUGUUGCCAACUGACGGGGUAACUUGGACCUCCUCCUUGACUGGAGGCGGUCUGAGUGUCAGGCUGCAAUGGUUCCUUUUUAAUGUGGCCUUUAUGGCACUCCCACCCCAGUGUGGGAUCCGAGCCAGGUGUUGGUGGCACGCCUUGGUGCGGCUUUGGUCGUGCCAGCCUCCAAAUCUCAUUUUGUGUUUGUUGAAAUCCUGGUUAUUUGUUGUGUGGACCAGGGGGUGUGGUGGAACGCCAAUGUGAGGAUCCGUCCGAGCCAUCCACCUGCGGCCUCCCUCGUCUCCGGUCUUCUUGACUCCGUCUUGACACCGGGCCCAGGCGAGGGAGGAGGAGAGAGUGUAGGUAGAUGCUACGCAAGUCUACUGGCACUAUAAACCCCUGCGCAAGUCACCGCCCCUGCUCCCACUGUGCUGUCUGUGGGUUACACGGUGGGCAUCAUCGAAAUCGAUGUUCGAACUGCGCUGUGCCUGUGUGUGUUUCUGUGUGUGUUUGUGUUAGGUGGCGGGUUGGUGGUCUGAAUGUCAAGUUAAAAUUGCUUCCUCUUUAGUUUAUUUCUAUUUAAUAGUUAAGGAUAAUAGGGAAGGCAUUUGAAAACCCUAUUGAUUACAUGUCAGCUUGUUAGAUACAACUGUACACGAGCAAUGAAAAUAUUCGCUGUAAAAGCGUUACUUCAGUCGCAUGGAGUUCAAAAAAAUUCCGGGGAUCGAGUAAUACGUAGCUCAGGUUCAGGCUGUCAAGGGAAAACACUGGUCACAAAUACUCAUUCGGGCGUUUCUUGAAGAGUUGCGGGGACGUCGCCUCCACGACUGACUGAGGGAGAUCGUUCCAUUUCUCCACUACGCUCUGCGUGAGAAAUUCAGAACGAAGAUUCAGCGCGGACAUUGUUGUCCGUAGCUUCAUCGGGUGACCACGAAGACUGGGUGAAAGAUGUCAUUGAAACAUGUCCUCAGGGCUAAGUUCAUGCUCGUAUUAUCUCGUAGACGAGGAUAAGAUCACCUCUUUGCUGACUGUAACACAGGGAAUAAAUUAAGGCAAUUCAGUCUCUCUGUGUCGGUCUGGCUUUUUAGACCGUUUUCCAGCUUUGAUGCACGACGUUGUACCCGUUCGAGACAUGCUUGGUCCUUUACUAGCCAUGGACACCAUGCUUGUAAGUCAUAUUCUAAGUGGGACCGAACAAAGUUGCCGUAAACACUCCCAAAAAGGUCUUCGUCAAACGUUAUGAAAGAACGUUUUGAUUGCAUGCAGCACUCCCCAUGGCGUUUUUUGCAGCCUUGUUGCACUGCAAUGCUGGUUUCAUGCCGCUCUUUAUCCAGGCACCGAGAUCCUUCUGCAAAUAUUCUGUGGACUGGUGAUAUGCCCUCAGGCUCUCAGUUCAAUGGUUGUUGGCUGGAUGCGGAUGACGGACGGCAUACUGCUGCACAUUGAAAUUCAGCAGCCAUUUCUUGGACCAGGCUUGUAGGCGGUGCAGACUGUUUUGAAGGGCUCUCUGGUCAAUUGGACACUUGAUGACUUGCCAAAGCCUAACGUCAUCGGCAAACAUUAUUUUACCGCAGCCACAUUCCUGAAGACUGUCAUUACCAUAAAGGAUGAAGAGCAAUGAUCCCUGAAUUGAGCCCUGAGGCACACCACUAGUCACAUUCACCCAGUCUAGCAUAUUGUCUCCAAUACAGACACGUUGUUUAUGACCAACUAGAGACGCCCUUAUCCAGUUCGGAAGAUCUCCCUGGAUGCCGAUAGCGCUCAAUUUGUGAAGAAGGUGUUGGUGUGAUACAGUGUCGAAUGCCGCAAACUUAAGUUUUCGCUGUUCAGUGAGUCUGCCCAUGCAAAGAACAGUGUGAGUAAAAUGGCACAAGUAAAAUAAAUUUUGGAAGCAGUUCGUUAGUGAAAUUUGCACUUACUAACUUUCAAAAAAAAUACCGUCAAGUUUAAUAGUUGGCUAACAGCCUAGACCUGAGUACAGAUGUCAAAAUGGUUUCAAGAGAACUGACUGUAUUCUUCCGUUUUCACAUUGUUUAAGGUGCCAUUGACUAAAGCAAACAGGUUUUCGCCCGAGUUCGCCUUCAGAUACGCAACAGGAAUAAACAUGUUGAUAGGCCUUCUUGCUUCCGCGCUGCUUCAUCCGAUUUAUUAGAUGGAAAAAGACAAUUUCGGAGUGCAGUAGGUUCCGUUUGGUGAGUGGUUCAUGUUUGAAUUAUUCUCCUCUCCUAGAAAAACACACAGAGAUGCGCAGACGCAGUCUAUGCCACCUAUUAGCAUAGGAAAUUGUCAGAACACAGGGUAACGUAGACGCCAAAUCUGUAUAUAUUUCGACCGAAAAAAUCACUUAUAAACAUACUGUACAUGCAGAAAAGGCCUCUGUCAAAAUAGACUGGGCGAAUAAGUAUCAGCAUCAGUGUAAAAGACGUAGCAUUACUAAUCACCCCCAAAUGAUUGUCCUAACUUCCGUCAAAAGGUUUCACGAGCUAGGUCACAAGCCGUUUUUUAAAAUGACGUCCACCGGUCAGGUAAAUACACAUGCGCAACCAGUUGUGACUUUGGGCAGAAUCUAUGACCGUCGUAGACAGCCGCAUAGCGAUUAUUAAUAAAUUCUGUGGUGACCUCCAACUCAGUUGCAGAGCGUUCGACUUACUAACUUUCAUUGACCACAUAACUCGGAUUCGACUCCAAAGUACCGGAAAAUUUGGUUGGGUAAGGCCGGCUGACGAAGCUUAGCCAGAACUGCCCAUUACAGCCUUUAUGUGUGCUUGAUUAUUCGGUAUUUCACUGACGUCGUUGGAAUUCAGAUGUGUUUAACCAACACAGUGCCAAUAAGUCCACACCGUUACAAUGCGUCAUGCAUGUGUUGGCCUCAGCCGUCACGUCCAGAUUACCAGCGAUAUCACGGUGGCUAAACGGCAGUCUUAGAUAGAUAGAUAGAUACAUAAUUUUUAUUAAAGACCCGUCGGGGUCCCAUCAUCGUUAGCGUCAUUAAUACUAAACAACACUCUCGCUUUUCCACAAUGCAACGUCUUUUUUGAUCCCGGUUUGCCUGGAUUGUACGUUUUUAAGCUCGUUGCUACGGUACUGCCGUCAGUACACAAAGGACCAUUCUGCCGCCAAAAAUGCAGACUCAGUGUCAGGUUUUCCUUAUCCCGGUUGCACGUUCCAAUCCCUCAUCGGUCUACAAAGUCACCCGCUAUUUGGUCACAGUACGAUCUAUAAGCCAUCGCUUUGAAUGCUAAUACAUAAAUCCCGAACGUGAUUCACUUGUUCCCGCAGUGCCAGGACAUUUAUUCAUCCCAUUAACCUAUAAGCUUAUUUAAUAAUGUGCGAAAACCUUCAACGAGACAGCAUCAGCCAGGCCUUCUUGCAGCUACUUUCCCUACUCGCACACAACUUAUCUGUCUUUACGUAUGGGUUCACCCGGUCGUGCGUAGAUUAACGUCGGUUGUCGGCAAAGCACCACAUAUUGCUCGGGCAGCAACAAUGUGAUGAGACUGCUCACGGUCGCCGAAAUAGGCGGAACGAGAGUUGUGACGAUGAGCACUUAUUGUCUACGUGGGAAGUGUGUUAUCUGACAAAGUUUAGUAAUGUGGGGAGGACAAGCAGAAUGGAAUUUGUAUUCUUCGACAGGAAUUUCGCGUUACCAUAUUCACUAUGUUCGGUUUUAUUCGCAGUUGAUCCACGAGCUUAGACAAUUCCCUGACAAUAUCACUCAACCUCUACUAAUGUUGGAAUUUUUAUUAAGCUGUUCAGUUCAGUUCAGUUCAGUUUAUUGAGGGAAAUGUAGGUCUUCACCUUUGAACUCCCUAUUUGUUUACAAGCAACUGCAAAAUCUCAAAAACUCGAAAAGGUAUCAUAAAGUAACAAAUAAUCGGAAAAGCGUCAGGUCUGUACAGACAAACAAACUGUCUCGAAUUUUAGUGGUACGAGCAGUUGUAGAGCUGUCGUUUCGAGUGCAGCGAAAUAAAUAAUAUGUCCGGGGACAAAAUUUGCAUAUGUGCAUGUCAGUAAGCGUAGGCGAUGGGCUGGUACAAUAAAAAGUUCAAUUUACAAUGUUACUGAAAUAUAGCAAGUAGUAUUAUAAUAGCGGAAUUUGUCGAGGUUACAGAGAUCGGGGUGGUAAUUUAGUGCACACUGCUAGACGAAUCCAGCUUCCUCUUAAAAACCUCGACGGAAGCAGACAUAACGACAUCGAAGCCCUUUGUAUCCAAUGUCUUCUAAAGCGGACAACGAUCUAAUCUUUGUCUUCUUAACAUUACAACAUUUCCUUCACUUUGGAGCAGCAGCGCUCGGAUGAGUGGGUAGACUUGAUUUACAACUCCUUUUUCCAACCUUGGUACUUAGAGACAGAGACUUGCAUAACGAUCGUACGUACAUCUUCGCAUCUCACAUGCUUUACUCGGAUUAUUGUUUCCAUGUCAUAAAAGACAUAAACUAUAAGUUUAAAUGAAGAGGCGCAACCCAAUGUUUCAGGGGUCCCGGCUACGGGAACUCGGGCCGGUGCCCAUUCUAUUACUGCCGGACGUGAUAUCAGAUUUAGGAUAAGAGUUACGUUUUAUCCAUUGAACCAACUGUCUUCCUCCGUCUCUCUGUAUGUUUUUUUUGAGUUACGGGGCUUAAUCCGUGUUCGAGCCUCUGACGCUCCGCUGACAGAAGCGUAUCGAAUUGCUCAGUAUCCUAAAAAAGAAGACAGGGGCUUUUCUCUUAAAAAUAUCUUCAAUAUCAUCCGGCUUAAUACAUCCGCAGAUUCUGAUGGUAGAACGACAUCUCCAUCCAUAUUAUCCCACCUCCGUCUUCGGAGUAAUUUUUAAUUUUUAUUCUUAUAUCACUUUAAAUCUUUAUUAAAGUGGCGUGCAAAUAUUUGGGAGCCAGAAUAAAGUAGUUUAGCCUUGAUUUCAUAAAUCGGCAAUCUGUGCGGAUUCCCAUACUGACCUAUCGUCUUGGCAACAGGCGAAUUUUUUGUCGUCGGUGCCAAUAACGACGUUGCCUCGUGCAGGAUGCGUAUCGAAGAGGUCAAGAGCAAUACAAAAGCCCAGCGCAUUGCCGCUCAUAGUCAUAUUCGCGGCUUGGGUUUAGACGAAAAUGGUGUCCCUCUUCCCACCGCUGCAGGCCUCGUGGGUCAGGAAAGCGCCCGUGAAGUAACACCGCAUUCAUAUCCCUAUUUUUAAGGCUGCCGGUAUUGUUGUUGAAAUGAUUCGGUCUAAGAAAAUGGCCGGGAGAGCCGUACUAAUGGCUGGUCCUCCAGCCACGGGGAAGGUUAGAACCCUUUUUCACCAGCUCUGCAGACUGCUAUAGCCUUGGCCAUCGCCCAGGAACUGGGUAACCGUGUCCCCUUUUGCCCUAUGGUUGGAAGCGAAGUAUUCUCGUCAGAAAUAAAGAAGACCGAGGUCUUGAUGGAAAAUUUCAGACGUGCAAUAGGUACACAUUCGGUUUUCUUACUAUCUCUGAAGGCUUGCGGAUAAAAGAAGUGAAAGAAGUGUAUGAGGGCGAAGUCACGGAGCUGACGCCCGUUGAGACAGAGAACCCAACUGGGGGUUAUGGGAAAACUAUCAGCCACGUCGUCAUAAGUCUUCGGACCGUAAAGGGUGUUAAGCAGUUGAAGUUGGAUCCCUCAAUCUAUGAGAGCCUCCAGAAAGAACAUGUCGAAGUCGGGGACGUUAUUUACAUCGAAGCAAACUCCGGCGCCGUAAAACGUCAAGGGCGUUGUGACGUUUACACAGCUGAAUACGACCUGGAGGCGGAUGAAUACGUCCCGCUUCCGAAGGGUGAGGUUCAUAAGAAAAAGGAGGUCGUUCAGGAUGUUACUUUACAUGACCUCGACAUCGCGAACGCGCGGCCGCAGGGUGGGCACGAUAUCGUUUCGAUGAUGGGCCAACUUAUGAAACCAAAGAAAACGGAAAUCACUGGUAAGUCUCAGUUUUUUGGUCUCUUACCCGUUUCGCUGAAUUAAGAUAAACUCAGGAAGGAAAUUAACAAGGUCGUCAAUAAGUAUAUCGAUCAGGGGAUCGCUGAACUCGUCCCUGGAGUCCUUUUCAUCGACGAGGUCCACAUGCUUGAUAUCGAGUGCUUCACUUAUUUACAUCGCGCACUGGAAUCCACCAUCGCGCCAAUCGUCAUUUUUGCUACAAACCGAGGCAAAUGCACAAUCAGGUUCGUAAUUUUUUAAUGAUUUAACUAUCUGCUCCAUCUCAAACUUGGAGACUGUGUGUGUAUUCAAAAAUUUGCAAUUUUGUGAUAAUUUCUGCUACUUAAUCUCAUGCGAAACUUCAUUUCCGCAAUUUUAUGGAAGUUGACACAUUCUAAAUGAUGGCAAUCUCCCGGUUGCCGUUAACAUCCAUGGGUCCAUAGCCGAAUGUACUCUUUGUGAGUGCAUGCCCCUUUAAUGGUCUUGUAUGAGAGUGCUUUCCUGUUUAUUUAAAUUUGGUCAAGAAUUUCGAGUUUUGAAACUAUUCUCUUGCAAAAAUGUAAGCGUCAGAUUGUUUUUAGACCUCACCCUCGUGCUCAUUAGGGAUCCACUCGUUUAAACCCAUACCAGAUUUGUCGUGUCGGCGUCGUACUUGCCGUAGUAACGUCAUUCUGUCGGAACAAAAAGUACUUAAUACUGUUCAGUGUCAGUGUCCCUCUAACGAAUGUCCAAAAAAAUCUUACAACCAUAUCAUCUGGUUGUGGGACGAGUUAGUCAUGGCGACGUCUUAUCACGUGUACUACUGCCCGUUUCGACCUGCGAAAUUGCCGCACCUCUAGUGCACGCCGGCAGCAGCCCAUACCCCGGCAUUGUCGGCCUCCAGCGGGAUGAUGACUCGGACGAUCGUCGCAAUCACUUCAAACGGUCUUAGUCAGCGAGUGGAAUAGACUCAGGUGGUCAGACAUCCUUCUGACCGGUUGUAUGGUCGUUGUAAGAGCAUUUGAAGAAUCCAACCCUAGGAAUGAAGCGAUUUGCGUGAGCAGUGUCUCGCACCGACUGAAGUGAAUUAUCUUGACGAUGAUUCAUACAGCACUUAUUCUCUAGUCAUCGCUCCUACUUCACGAAUUUAAGUGGAGUCGGACGAACCUCCCGCUCUCCAAAUAAUCCGUGCCUGCAUUUCAUCUUUGACCUACCUCUGUUGUAAUCAGAAGUAACAGAAACUUCAUUAGUCUAAGAACUGUGCUGUCCGUCGUGGUUAGACAGAUAUCCCUGAGCUGGAACCACAAGGUGGUUGUAUCUGUGAGGUAAGUUAGUAGUUUGGCCUGUAUGAGAUGUCAUCCCCUUAGUCAAAAUGCGCGGACUACGAGUUAUGAUGACGCUUCCCGAUCGACCCUGCGCCCACCGUACUGUGAGAUACACGGUGGACAUCGUCAGUAACGACCUACCGCCGCUAUCUGCUAGUAGCUGUCAUGUUUUUCGAUACUUAAUGCAGGAGAAACAACUGUUCCUUAUUUUCGAAAUUCUUAGUAAUUUUUAUGCCUGCACAUCGCGAUCCGGAUGGAAGUAGUUCAAGAUGACAACUACGAAAUCCGCAGUGGUCGAUUCGAAGAGACCGACUAGAGUUAUGCUCACUCGCAUGUCAAACUCCUGAAGAUCGGUGUAACCACAGCGUCGCUUAAGUGUGCCUCAUUUUUGCCGACCCUUUAUUCUGAAGACUGUGCAGCCAAACAGCUAAAAUCUUCAAACAUCGCUUGUUUAUUUCCGUUAGAAUGCAAUCCUCGUCUGCUGCUUUGUUGUUCGCCGGUGUACUUACUGCUUUAGCGAUCUUUAUCCUUGACACCAAGUCAUGUCCCGAGUCAUACUUUAACGCCGGGGUGCCGGUGAACUGUGCUUCAUUUACCAACUUAAGAAACCGCGUGCUAGGCUUGUUCUUCUACGUCACAUUGACGUUAUCCAUAGUCAAAAUCUAGCAUGUCCCCCUCAUGACUUUAGCUAUCUGUGUUCAAGUCCUGGGAUAUGCUUGAGAAUUCGUGAUUACGUCGCGUAGAGCGUAUGGUCACUAUGCCAGCGCCAGGCAUUCAAACUGGUCGGAAGACGAGUACUUCCCGCGUGGUUAUGCCUCCCACCGUCUAGCACCAUCCGCAAAGUAGUCUAUGGUAUCCUUCUGAUCCAGUCAAUCGUUUCCAGCUUGAUUCUCUUCAAGUGCCCCCUUUAGUCGUCUCUUUAUGUCGAAGCCGUCGAAGGCAGCGACAGCUAAUCAAACCCGUGGUCACAUCCUGUCGAAUUAAAAUCGUCCUCGUCGACCAACAUGGCACAAAAGUAUGAUAAAGCCAAACCGACGUGUUUGCAGGGCCGUGCAGCAAAUUUGCAUUUAAGUGUCUGCACUGUUUGUAAAGCAGUUAUUUUGUUGGGAGUUUGCUUCCCCAAUCCGCGACGUGGCCUUGAGAUAAGUAGUUGGUUUACAGGACAACAGGACCACGAGUCUUCUCGGUGGCUCUGUCUGACUGCCACUUCACGGUACUGUCGUCAAAAUCCUGUAUGUUAGACCAGGCUUUAAUCUAUCCUCCAAGUAACGCAGCUGUUGGUAGUUCAUGACUGUUCCCGACCGAAGAGCUUGCAGCCAGCUUUUGCUGUUGACUGAUAUGCUGUUCCCAUCCGUGGGCCGACAGGCAAGCGUCGUCUUCCCAGAAGUUACAGACUGCAUUCAACGAAGUUUCCGAACAACUGGACGAGCCUGAUCAGCCCAACUUUCGUGUUCACACAACCUAAGGAUAUUUUGCGUUUUCAAGGGUUGUAUGGACGCUGCAUAAUUUUGUACUAGUCUACUGUUGCUGGUGUUUUUUUGUGGCUGUUGUCCCAAAUACCCCCUGACAAUCGGCUGACACUCGUCGAAAUACUGCUUAUUUGCAAUGUAUUUGUAUGUGCCACAUUUUUCCACAACCCAUAUCCAACCUCUUUAAUGUUCCAUUUAUCCGAAAAGGUUCAACCCUCAUAAGACAAUCAGGUGGUCUUCAAACGGCCCCAUUGUUCUCUGUCGUCUAACCCCAUCAUUAAGAUACCAGGGAAUCGUCUUCGUGUGACGCCUACUUUUGCUUCUGGUCAGACCUAGUUAGAAAGAAUAUUACGGUGACAAAGGUGUGCACAAUGUUCGGAUGCAGAUAAUUUCGAUGUCUGUCGGUCAGGACGUCCUGCCCCAGUUUAUGGCACCCCCCCCCUCGGUCUCUAUACCUAAUCCGCCCCUUUCUCUUAUUUUCCAACGUCUCUCCCUAUCUCCCUGCCUUGUGUUAAGUUAGUCAACAAAUGGGAUUUUAGUCACUCUCAGGCUUAUUAACCAUCCAUUCUUAGGACUUCAUAAAGCUAUGGAAAGCUCCUAUUGACUUCGAACCCAAAAAUCUUUACCAUCAUGGCCUUUGCUUCCACUAUUUACGAUAGAUGGGCUGUCCCUCCCAUAGAUGUCUUAAACAUUGCUUUCCGUACAUUCUCAUAUGUCCGCUUCACUUGCUUCGCACUUCCGUGGAUUUUCUAGGGGCACUGAAGACAUUGUAUCACCACACGGCCUCCCUCUUGAUUUGCUGGACCGUGUGAUGAUCAUACGAACCCUUCCCUAUUCUUAUGAAGAAAUCCUUCAGAUUCUCCGCAUUCGGGCGGAAACGGAAGGUCUCAAAUUAUCCGAAGAAGCCUUCAGCAAACUGUCAACCAUAGCUACUGAAUCUACCCUCAGGUGAGCACCUCUCUUGGCCCAAAGCUUGUCUUUGUUACAAUAGAAUGCGCGUUCUUGCCAGUUUUUGUCUUAAAAACCUCGCCAGCACAGGAGCAAGUCUAUGUUCUGUAGGCCAAGCGCUCCUCAUAACAACUAAAAUAGGUUUAGGGCUCACUGACAGCGUAUACUAUUCCAGUAUCGGCAAACCAUGGCUCUCGCAGCGCUGGUAUGCGCUGGCAGCUCUCCUGACACCUGAUUCCCUGCCGGUAGAUGCGCUUGCGCUCCCACUGGGUAAACAGGUGGUGGGCAUGGCUGCGCAGUCAUCCUCAUCCUUCUAACUCCUGUUGGAAUGUUGUUGUUGGUCAAGUGUAUUUUGUGGACCAUGGGGUGUGGUGGCACGCCUAGUUGCGGAUUCGGCCGUGCCAGCCACCUGCGUUCUCCCCCGCCUCCGGUCUUCUUGACCCUGUCUUGACACCGGGUCCAGCUGGGGAGGAGGGAGAGAGUGUAGUAGAUGCUGCGCAAGUUCACUAUCACAAUAGCCUAAUCUCACACGCAAGUCACCGUGCCUGCUGCACCUUGCUUUGUUGCAGAUGGUGGACAUCGUCGGAAUCAACGGUCGAACUACCAGGACUCCCUGACCAUACUCGCCAGAACGAAAGUCUUGCUUGUCUGACGUCCCGGGCACACAUUCGAACCCACCACCCUGAGACAGAUAUGAAGAACGCAUUAGGCGGCAGUACUUUGAGGAUGCCGUUACUAAGUAACCGAUAGUUCGUCCAUAGUAAGCGAUGAACAGCACCAUCAACCUGGAUAGGGCGCAGUGACUACCUGCGAGUGGAUUCCAGCUGAGACAGCUUUGCGAAGAACCUGCCUCUCCCUACGCGCUAUAUUCCAACGAAGAAGCAAAGUCACCACGACUGGAGGUGCGCGUGGGCCUCACCAUGUGCCACGAACGUGUUAGUCCCAACUUCGCACUAACCAGACUGCAGAGAAGGGAAGUACCAGGUCGCCGGGGUGAGGCGCUGCAGAGGCCAUAUCCAAGAACCGUCGCAGUUUGAUUUUUAAUCCGAGAAGCCAACCACCCCGUCAGCUGGCGACGUUUCAGGCCGCGAUUCUUGGUGGUCGCGUCGGGACUACUGUAAUGAGGGACGCGCUGACUCGUCACCAGGGAACGUAUCUCAACGUCGGUCCUACACUGCCUUUCCUCUCCCACGUCCAAGCGACCAGCCCGAGCAUUUUGGUCGACCUAUGUCGUAAUCUGAUGUAGUGCUUGACGUAGGACGCGUGCCAAUAACCAGAGACUCGCGGACACGAUGCAGCCCGACUAACGUGAACCAUGAGCUCGUGCGACACUCGGCCGUAUAACUGUUGGUCAGCAGACUCCGGUGGGGUCAGCGAUUGCCGAGGUCUUGUCGUGGACGGCGUUAAUAGGCGCGAUAAAUGAGUAGGCAGCCUUACCGAUCUCUUCUGUUUUCCGACGCGAUGUUUGCCCGAGCACCUGCCGGAAGUAACCAGCUCGCAUCGGCAUCGUAUAAUUUAUAUGGUGGCCGCUGAGUCUGCUUAGUGAGCCCAGGCCAGCAAACUACGAGUUGAAGGUAUCAACUAAUAUUUGUCCCAGGGAUUCAGUCCACGUCCCAAUUCGCUAACAGUCGACCGGCCAAAUUUUGCUGGCUGCUUAAACUGUCUUACUCCUCACAAGAAUUGCUAACCGACAACUAUCAUUCCUUACAUUUGACGGUGCGCUCUAUUUUUUUCAGUGCCUAUUCUCCUGGCCCCCACCCCCGCAUCCCCUUUGUCGAAUGUUGAGCUCUUCCAUGUCUUUUAAAUAGGUUUGUUAUCCAGCUGUUGACUCCUGCCGCCCGUCUGGCUCAGUUGUCUGAGAGUGAAGAGAUCGGGCCCGACCACGUUAACGAAGUCGCCGGGCUCUUCCUGAACGCCAAACAGUCAGCUAAAAUCCUGGCCGAACACGAAGCUCAAUACAUUAAGUAA